UGAGCGCAUUUGUCACGUAUGCAUUCUUGUUUUUUUUUAUUAAAAUUCUAUCUUUAUCGUUAUUUCUAUCACUUUUUAUAAUUAUUGAGUGAUUAUUAUUGUUUUUAUAUGAUUAAUUAGUGAUUUGUGAAUCGUUUAUGUGAAAUUGUUAUAUAAAGUAUCAUUGGGGAGAAAAAACAACAGUAAAUAAGUAUUACUUUUGAGGUUAGUUUUGUAAUAUUGAAUUAUCGUAAAUUAAUCGAUGUUUGUUAGUUUGUUUCUUUGAUUUAUUGUUGCAAAUUAGACAGAAUUACUGUUAUUUGUUUAAUAGAAGAAUAAAAUAGUGUUAAAAUUAUUUAAAAAAGUGCAAACAUGUCGGAAAGUCAAAAUGUGAUUUUGGUCACCGGUGGCACCGGGUUGGUUGGAAAGGCAAUUGAAUCAGUGAUUAAAAAUGACGAUAAUUCAAAUGAAAAGUGGAUUUUUGUCGGUUCAAAAGAAGCGGAUUUAUGUGAUAAAAAGAGUACUGAAGAAUUGUUUGAAAAAUAUAAACCAACGCACGUAAUUCAUUUGGCAGCAAUAGUCGGUGGUUUAUUUGUAAAUAUGAAAAAUAAUUUAGAUUUUUUGAGAAAAAAUUUGCAAAUUAAUGAUAAUGUUUUGCAAACUGCACAUGAAAGGAAUGUUAAAAAAGUUGUAUCAUGUCUUUCAACUUGUAUUUUUCCUGAUAAAACAACGUAUCCUAUUGAUGAAACCAUGGUUCACAAUGGACCUCCACAUAUUUCCAAUUAUGGUUACAGCUAUGCGAAAAGAAUGAUUGACGUUUUAAAUAGAGGAUAUUUUGAUCAAUAUGGUAGAAUGUACACGAGUAUAAUUCCUUGCAAUGUAUUUGGACCAUUUGAUAAUUUUCGUCCAGAAGCAAGUCACGUUAUUCCUGGACUUAUGAGAAGACUUUACGAUCUUAUGAAAACUGGCAAUACAACAGACAAAGUAUUCAAAGUUUUAGGCACUGGAAAACCAUUAAGACAAUUUAUUUAUAGUAAAGAUUUGGCAAAAUUGAUUGUUUGGGUUUUAAGAAAUUAUGAAUCAGUUGAACCGAUUAUUUUAUCAGUUGACGAAUCACAGGAAGUAACAAUAGCCCAUUUAGCUGAAUCUUUGGUAAAAGCUUUUGACUUUAAAGGGAAAAUUGAAUUUGAUUUAACGGCUGCCGAUGGGCAAUUUAAAAAAACAGCAAACAAUUCAAAACUUCGAAGAUAUUUGCCUGAAUUCACAUUUACGCCAUUUGAGCAAGCAUUAAAGGAAACUGUUGAUUGGUACAAACAAAACUACAAUGAGGCUCGUAAUUGAAAUUUUUAAUUGAGAUUGAAAAUUCUCAAAUCGAAUUAUGAAUAUUUUAAUUCUUUAUAUUGUAUCGAAAAAAAACGGAAAUUACUCGAAAUAUUGAUAUUUUUCUAAGAAGAAAAUUUAUCUACGAAAUAGUAAUUUGUCAUUGAUUAAUUUUGGGCGUUUUCAAUUAAGACUUACUGAGUAAGUGAAGCAUAAAAGUUGAGAACAUGAAAUUGAGUGAAUGAUCCUGAAUAAUGUUUACAGGUAACGCAUUUUUAAAAAAUAUUUAAUAUUUAAGGCAAAUAAAAAAAUCGCAUGCA